GGCUCGCCGCGCCAGCUGUCCCCUGUCCCUGGAGGGGGCCGAGCCCGAGUAGGGGUGCCCCUGGUACGGUCCCCCUGGGUCCGUGCUGGCCGCGGGCAGGGGCGGCGGCGCGGCGGGGCUGGAUGCGGCUGCCAUGGGGCGCGGGGCUCCGCUCGCACCGAGCCUGCUGCGGGCGGCGCUGCUGCUCGCCCUGUGCCCCGCCGCCGGCAGCACCUGGAUGUGGCUGGGCAUCGCGGCCGCCGGCGGGCCCGAGAGGCCGGGCUGCGCCAGCCCUCCGCUGAGCCGCCGGCAGCAGGAGCUGUGCGAGCAGAAGCCGGAGCUGAUGCCCGCGGUCCGAGAGGGAGCGCGCCUGGGGCUGCAGGAGUGCCGCAGCCAGUUCCGACACGAGCGCUGGGACUGCCGCUCGCCGCCCGCCGCCCGCCGCGGCACCGCCGGCACCGCCGGCACCGGGCAGCAGCUCAGCAGCGGCACCAAGGAGACGGCGUUCGUGUCGGCGGUGACGGCGGCAGGGCUGGUGCACUCGGUGACGCGCUCCUGCAGCGCCGGGAACGUGACCGAGUGCUCCUGCGAUGUCACCCUGCGGCACGGCGGCUCCGCCAGCGAGGGGUGGCACUGGGGCGGCUGCUCGGACGACAUCCACUACGGAAUGUCCUUCAGCAGGACGUUCCUGGACGCGCCUCUGAGGAACGCGACGGGCAGGAGCGGGCUGGUGGCCAUGGACCUGCACAACAACGAGGCCGGCAGGCAGGCUGUAGCAAAGCUGAUGUCUGUGGAUUGCCGUUGUCAUGGUGUUUCUGGGUCCUGUGCUGUGAAAACUUGUUGGAAAACCAUGUCAUCCUUUGAAAAGAUUGGCCGGUUUUUAAAGGAGAAAUACGAAAACAGCAUACAAAUAUCGGACAGACUGAAAAAAAAGCUACGCAGGAAAGAGAAAAGCCAGAGAAAAAUACCAAUUGGGAAGGAGGACCUGCUGUAUGUGAACAAAUCGCCCAAUUACUGCGUGGAAGACCAAAAACUGGGGAUCCCUGGCACUCAGGGCAGGGAGUGCAACCGCACGUCGCAGGGCCCCGAGGGCUGCAACCUGCUGUGCUGCGGGCGCGGGUACAACACGCACGUCGUGCGGCACGUGGAGCGCUGCGAGUGCAAGUUCGUCUGGUGCUGCUACGUGCGCUGCAGGAGGUGCGAGACCAUGACCGACGUGCACACCUGCAAGUGAGCUGAAGCGCAGGAAACACGGCCGGAGCAGCCAGCCUGCGUGCUGCACACAGCUCCUGCCACGGGGGCAGCAGCCACUGUCACCAUGCGGGAUUUCAGAGGGAUCGGCCUCAGGGGAACAGGUACUGCCGCACCACGGGCAGUCCAAGUGAGCCUCGACUGAAAGGACAGCUGAGUAAACAUCGGGCUGCGUGCAGGGACAGCUUAAACAGCAAAAAGGACUCCUGAUGACACAUUUGAACGUGUUACUCCAUGAGCAGAGACAGAUGCUAAACUUUUCAAGUAUUUAAUAGACACAAUGUCCUGAAGAUCCAUGUGUGGUGGGUGGGCACAGUGGAGAAAUCUCAAGAUCUCAUUAGCCAGAGACUGAAGAGUCAAGAGAGUUUGUAAAACACAUUCGACAUAGUCCUUAUGUCUGUGCUUUUAAAACUGGGACUAGACAGAUCAUUUCUGCAGACUUCAGAAAGACCCACUUUGAUAGGGAAAGAGUUCAGCUGUUGAGCACGAAGCAUUUGCUUUGCAGCCGUUCACAAAACUGCCUCCUGCAAAAUGUGCAGAAAAGCACUGGGAAGUGAGGACCGUGUGUGACUGCAGAGCUCAGCAGUGCCUGCCUGGAAAAGGAGGGUCAAGCUGUGCCCAGAGGAGAGAGGCACGAGCACAGACUAGUGAAUGUGAAUGGGGUACCAAACAGCAACCUCAGGAUUUUUAAAAGGUUGUCUGUCCUUUAAAUACACAAGGGACAGGCCUGAGAGGGGACAGAAAUAUAGUUUGAUAUUUGAAGGAAAUAAAACCCUCUGCAGGCAUUUCCUGAGUAUCUGAGCACACAUUUUGCGAAUCAGCUGUAAUUGAACAAACUAACAUAGCACACUACAACACAGCUGGUUGUCACCCCACUCUUGAAUUCUAUGCAAUAAUCUGCCACAUUCAACCAUCUCACUGGUGGUUCACCAUCUUUAUAGAAAUUAACCACAUGAGAUUUACCCCAAAGGAAUCUGCCAUAAAGCAAAGGAUUUUCUAAAAUAGAUUUUCUUUAUAGAAUCAGCAUGUAGAAUUUUUCAUUAGGUUGCAUCUUCAAUAAGUUCAAUGCACAAUAUAAUUUAUGGAUUGGCUCACACCACUAAAAUAUUUAAACUGUUAAUGAUAACACUUUCACUGUCUCCAUAUGUUGGCUUAAUUUUAUUUUACAUCUGUGAUAGGUUGUUUAUUUUUAUGCAGUGAUUUAAUGCCUGGCAUAAAAAGCAUCAUGUGAAAAGAUUACUGUUGUUUAAUUGUGCAAAGAACUAUUUUUGAUAAGACAAGAAAGUUUAUAUUUUGUAAAUAUUUAAAUUAUGCAAGUUAUGUAAAAGGUUUCCACAACUAAUGUGAGAAGACUACAGCCAUUGAGAUUUGUUGGUUAGAUAUUUGUUAAUAUUGUAGUAACCUUCAAUUGAAUUUUGUUUGCUUGUGCUGGGGGAAAUUAGUCAGAGAACUGCAUAAAUGUUAGGGUUUUUAUCAUCAGGGUGGUUAUAACUAUUGCAGUUCAUACACACUGAUGAGAAAUACUAUGAUUUUCUAAAAGGUCAGUUAAUUAGUAUUCUGCAUACUUUCUUUUUUAUUAUUCUCUUAAAUGCAUUUUACAAACACUGAAAUCCCAGCUCCAGAGUAAGUACUCCCACUGAAAUCCAGGGAAUUUGGAAGGGUUUGCAAUCCUUUAACUUCUUCCAUACUAACAGCCAGCUUUUAGAAACUUGGGACAGUUUGGCUGAGGCUUUCAAAGUUACUUUGAAGAAUUCAUUUCCUAGUAAUCAGUCAUAUUCCCAGGAAAGAUGGUGACCAGAUUCUGAACUGUCACUCUUUAUUGGAUGUGUAAGUCAGGAAGAAGGAAACAAAAUCUUCUGUGUUGCAGUAUUUCACAGCCUGAUGUGGGUUAUUUUAGGAACAUCAGUUCCUAAAAUUAUCUGCUAAUUGGAACUUUACUCCACAUUUGACCAUCUCCAUGGUCCAUCUCCAUUGGCCUGACCAAAUUAUUAUCUUGGGACCACAGAAAAAUCUGCUGUCUGUGGGGAAGGGUGCUCAGCAUGCCAGUAAGGCACUGCCACAAGAGGUUUCAACACCUUCUCUGUGAAAACUUGGAUAGGGAGAACGUAUCACUGUGGAAGACCCUGAAGAGAGAGUUGUGAGCCCGGGUUGUUUCAGCAGUGAAAAUAAACCCACAGACUCCUCAGGCUGUGCCACAGGACUGAUUGGCAGCAUGGAUGGGAGAUGACUAAACGGCACGAAGUCCUGACAGAACAGUAUCAUACUCUCUACUGAGACCAUACUUGGGAUAAUACAAUUUUUGACACCUGAAAUAAAAUAUUAUUUAAACUCAGUAGUUUGCUGUUUUGGCUUUUGUUUUGUUUUUUUCCUGUUCAUUGAUUGCAAGAUCAGCAGGAGAAAGAGAAUUAAGCAGCUGCUUUGGCUGCCUCCAGGGAUCAGAAACUUCCCAGAGGCUGGAGUGAUUUCCAUGCAUUUUACACAGUAGACAAUGUAGAUGUACUAUUACAGUGCUCUCUGCUGAUCCCUGCCUCUCUCCCUAUAUAUUCUAAUUACCUGAAACAAGAGUUUUCAUACCUGCAUACUUCCAAUG